AUGGAGUACAACCAGCUUGAACUCGACUUGGACAAAUAUUAUGGCCAUACCAGGCCUGUAGACGACGCGGGGAGAUCCAUCCAUGUCAUGAUCAAGGGCGAAGUUGGAGAAGAGCUACAGAUGAUUGUUCUAAGACGACGACUUGCCGGGCCGCUUAUACUCUCUCAAUGUAACGACCUUGAGCGUAUUGGUCCUCUCACACUCACACACCAUGCGCUGAAGGGGAGGGCAGAUACAUAUAGAUACCACCUGCUAUCGUCCCAUAAGGAUUACUUUCCCAACGACUCUGAUUACAGGCUUGAGCAAGAUUAUUUCGACAGAAUGUGCCCAGAUAUGACCAAACGGUUUGCAAUCUAUGGAAAAAUUGGAAGAGGAACUUUUGGUCGAAUCUAUGCUGCUAGGGAGAUCAACCGACCAGCGGCGGCUACAGGCUUUAGAUUCGCCAGGGGCACUGACUGGGACUACUAUGAAUACCGCAGAUCUAGCAUGGCUGCGUUGAUAGAGCCUAGUGAUCCGAGGGCAAGGGCAUACGCACCCAAGCCGCCACGCCAAUUCGCUGUCAAAAUGGAGCUGCAAUGCCCAUUGGCGAUACAUGGGUUUGCUAGGGCUCAAACGUGUGAAUACCGAGAAGUUUUCACAGGGGAACAACGAUUUUUACCGGUGGAAGCAGUUGUUCUAGAGCUCCUCACAGAAUGCAAGAGAUUCCCAAAGAUUGAUUCUGUGUAUAUUCAUAAGGAGUAUGCGUCCAUAGUCAUGUCUGCUGACAGCUUGGAUGAUAACCCUUUGCGAGAGACGCUGUUACUUCAGCCAAGGACUAUCCCAACGCAACAUUUCCCUGGGUAUAAUGGAGAACAGCUUACACGUUUGAAACAGACGAGGGUCACUGAGGUCCAGGCUUGCAAAAUUGCUUCUAAUAUCCUUGAAGCACUUGUUUACCUUAUGGACAUGAAGAUGUUGCAUGGAGACUUAAGCCAUCGAAAUUACUUGGUGGACAAAAAUCUCAAUACCCAACUUAUUGACUUCGGGGCUGUAUACGUGUCUGAAAACAACGGAUGGGAGACGGAAGGUUAUGGCUACAUCGAAGCGUUCGAAUACUUUGUUAACCCAGAAAUAGCACUUCAACUUGCGACGGAUGAUCUCCGUCGCCCUAUCGACACCCUUUCGGAACGACAUAUACCCUUAAGCCACGACAGGCGGGUACAAUACCUUUGGAAAUUUGGAGUCCUGGUGUAUGACCUGCUUCAUGGGUAUUCUCCGUGGGAAACACCGGAGCCUCAAGCAAAUAAUGGGGACAUUAAAACACUGUAUGCGUGGCAUGACCACGACGAAGAGAAAUUCCUCUACCUCUACGACAGGAGGUUGCGAAUAAUGAAUGAGGAGUUGCCAAUUGACGAACGGCUAUCACAGGAUUGUGUGGAUGCGCUAAGGCAUUUGCUAGCCAGAGACGUGGCUGACCGUAUGGAUAUGGCUGAGUUGCAGAGGCUACCUUGGUUCCAGGGGCAAUGGGUCGACCAUGCUUCGGAGAUGAAGAGGCCACCAAGACUGAAUUCACGAUAG